GCAAAUAAUAGUCUACUGCCAAGAGGAUGAAUUUUUUGCUGUUUACCACCACACCUUGUUGGAGAAAAGGGAAUUCUUCUGCAAAAGUUUACGAACGGUUAUUUUGGGGGUUUUAAUAUAUUUUAAUACACAUAAUGAACGGUGCUUUUGGUCCUUCUGCCGGUGGAGCCGCUUUCAAUCCACCUAGGCCAGUAACAAUGAUUUAUCUUUGUGCAGACUGUGGUGCAAAAAAUACUAUUCAAGCUAAAGAGGUAAUCCGUUGUCGUGAGUGCGGCCACCGUGUCAUGUACAAAAUGAGAACCAAGAGAAUGGUGCAGUUUGAAGCCCGUUAGAACAACUCGUCGCUUGGUUUGGAUAAAUCAUGAGAAGAAUUGAAUUUGUGCUUUUUUGUUUGAGUUACGGGAAACAGAGGACACGAAGGGAAUCAUAAUAUGACUGCUGACUUGCGGCAGUCGACUUUGACCUUAGUCAAAAAGAAUAGAGAAUAAAAAUUAACGAAUUGGCUUUUGGAUA